AUGGUAACGAGAUUGCAGAUACUGACAGAGACAAUAUAUGAGAACAUGUCGUUUUUUUCAUCUGUUUUUAAACACAUAGAUAUGGUUACUACUAUUUUACACUAUUUAACUGAGUAUUCUCAUAUAAUCGCUGAUAAAUCUUUAAUAUCUUUAGACAAAUUUUAUACAAGGAAUGAAAUGAUAAUCUUAGACGAUUCGGAUUUAUAUGCAGUUAUUAAUUGUUUAAUAAUAACAGACCAUUUUCCUUUAUAUAAAAUAUGGGUGCAAAAACGAGUAAAUGAGAAAUUUAUAUGGCUCAUAAAGAAUUAUCGUUCUGAAUUAUCCAUAACUAUUGAUACAUUUCAAUCAUUGAAAGAUAUUCAAUUUUUUCCAUGUGAUGACAAAAUAAAUGUAGUAUCUAUAUGGUCAGAAGAUAUUGUAGCUGCGAAGAAUUUUGCAUUAUCUAUAAAUAGGCACCUAAUAUUUAUAAAUAGAUAUAUGGAUUUCUAUGGUAAUACUAUACUUUGGAUUUAUAAACAUGUGUCUACACUUCAAAUGAGAACUAAAUAUGUGAUGGAUUUGUUGAAUAUUAAUGAAUCAAUUAAUCAAGAAUCCAGUAUGAAUAUAGUACAGUUAUCAUCUGUAAAAAUAAACGAUUUUUCUGUAGGCGAUCUUUUUUAUGAUGGUGCCUGGCAAAAGCCCAUAAAGGGCAUGUAUUGGAAGCAUAAUAACAGUUUAUGGGCAAAUGCAACACACAUUGAUAUAAAAAAAUGCUAUCAAUCUGCUAAGAAAGGAUUCGAAACUUGGAGUAAUGUGUCUAUUAAGGCUAGAAUACAAAUAUUAUCUAGAUUUAUGCCCUUAUUAAAAUUGACUGGAAAAUUUGUAUUAGCAACUAUAGUAGAAAGAUGGAUAAAAUUUCCAUAUUUCUACGAAAGUAUACAAGGACACAUUGAAAAUGAAAUGAUAGAAGUAUUAUAUACUCGUAAGCCAUUAGGUGUUAUCAUACUUAAAGAGGAAAAUGAAAAUAUUUUGUUUUUUCGAUUGAUGCAAACUUUAAUUGCUGGCAACUCUGUAAUUGUAAUGUUUGAUGCAAACUUGUGUAAUCCGUCAUCAUAUUAUGACAUGUUUUCGACGUGUAAAAUACCUCCAGGUGUUAUAAAUUUAUUAUCACAUGAAAAUACAAGUACGCUAGAACCUAAAUUAUGCUUAGGUGAUUAUACAACGUACGCAAAUAGAUAUUUUUUGAAAGGAACUUCGUUAGACACAUAUAUUAUUCCAUUUAAAAAACUUACUUUACCAAAUAUAAUU